GAACCCCUGCUGGUUUCGAUGUGCCUUCGGUUAUGAUGGCUCAAGUUCGAAAGUUCAAUCUGGACCGGUCCAUCCGGGAUUCAGGUGUGUGUGCAACGUUGAAUGAUCUCAUUACAGACUCCGGGGCAGUCCCCAGUCCCUUGUAGUUACACUGCCGGUAUGAAUACUGCCAUCGACCGGCAACUCACGUUCCUUUCAAGCGCCCAUUUGAAGUAUAAAAACCUGGACCCGGGACAACCUAUGCAUCCAACAAGUCACAAUGUUCUCUCAAGCUCUUACUGUUCGCGCUGAUAGCAUCGCUCGUCAUUUCGAGACGGUCUUCCUUUUUACAAAAAAUGAUAUCAGAACCACUCUGAUACCUGUCACUAUAUUCGCGUUAUCUGCGACUCCCAAAUAUCACCCCACCCAUGCUUGGAACGCCCCUUUGUGGAUAUGGUUCCAUUUAUUGCAGUUCAACAUUGCAAAUCAGAUCCAGGAUCCCGAGGAGGACCGCAAGAACAAGCCCUCCCGUCCGAUACCUGCUGGUCGCAUUUCUGUCGACAGCGCAGCUGAUAUGCGCUGGAUUAUGGUCCCAGUCUGCUUGUUGCUAUCGUUGUGGUACGGCACUCAGGCUGUGCUGGCCAGCACCGUUUUUGCAGCGUUGACAAUAUGGUACAACGAACUUGGCGGUGAUAAAAUGGGAUUGUCGAAGAAUGUACUCACAGCCAUUCUCUACGGGUGCCUGGAGGUCGGAGGAACCGUCGCUAGUUCUCCCAACUCAUGCAUCGAUGAGGCUGGUGCUUUGGCGGCCGCAAUUAGCUCGACAAUCUAUGCAACUACGCUUCAUGCACAAGACUUUAAGGAUGAAGAAGGCGAUCGCCUCACUGGCAGGCGCACGCUACCCACAAUGUUCCCUAAAGCCGCGCGCUUCUCAAUGAUGUUCGGUCUUCCCCUCUGGGCAUAUGCCUUGAGCCGUAUCUGGAAGACAGAUGCGCUCUCUACCACCGCAUUUGUUCUUUACAGUGCAUUUGUGGGAACCCGAUUCGUGAUGUACAAGACGGUAGGCGACGAUAAGCAGUCCUGCAAAUUUUAUAGUGUGAGUCGAACUGUUACUUGGGAGCACAGCGAGGUGAAGCUGACAAUGGACUGAUUAGCUGUGGCACUCGCUCGGUCAUCUACUUCCAGGUUACUGGCGGUUCUUCUAUGGUGUUUGAGUAUCCGGAGCUGAAAGUCGCAUU